AUGGAGAAAGCGACAACGACAACGACACAAGAAUCCCCCGUUAUUGCGGGGUCGUCCUCGUCGAAGGCACCGACGCCUCCUCGACCUUCACCUCGGCAGCUCGUACCCGAUAUCGACUUUCCCACGUCAGUGGAAGAAGCCGGAGCCUUGCUGGGGGCCACGAUUACAACUUGCGGCAAACAAGUCGGAACGACACGCGCACCGCCGCCCGGGUUGCACAGUUCCUUCGGGACCGCCCAACCCGUACCCAGUUCCAUCCUGCUCACGCGUUUGCACGGUCUGCGGGCCUGGCUCCGAGCCUCCGUCACCGACACCCCACUCGUCGCGGCACCCUCCAUACUCGCUGUAUUGAUGAAACUCAUGGGCGUAUCCAAUACCAUGAGUGCCUCCUACAGUCAAACAGCCGCCGCGUCGGUCUGGAACGACACCACCCAAGCCAAUCGCGCCGUGCUGGAAACCCCACCCAUGUUGUCGACGCCCAUCCGUGCCCUCUGGGUCGACUGUGUCGUGCUCUGUCACGUACUGGCACAGGGACUCACCGGGACGGCGAGGAUUGAUACCUUGCAAUUCUUGCGGAAAAUGUUGGCCUUGGCGACGCUCCACCCACGCUCCGCCAAGGCCGCCGGAGGCGUACGCGUCGCCGCACUCGAUCUAGUCACUGGACUCUUGCACCAUCAACCCAACGACAACACCAUCAAAACUAACGCAAACAACAAUAACAGCAACAAUACGGUGCAACGCAAUUCCCCAACGCUGGCCAAAACGUUGGCUCCGUGGAGUUUGGAAACACUCCAAACCUGUUUGCGAGCGUUGCGUUCGGCCGGCAACGGUGAACCGACCUAUCGCGUGGCCGCCGUGAGAACCGCCUGUGCUACCGUCGUGGCCUGUCGCAACGCCUUUCUACCCACUCGUAUGGGGUCUUCCUUGAUCGACCCGGAUACCGCCACUGCUACGGAUCGACUGGUCUUGCCCGGCGCCAUGGAAGACAAGGCCGUACUCGAAGCCGUCAAAGUAUGCAAACAAGCCGUCCUGGAUAAGUUUCCGGAAGUCCGUGCCCAUGCCGGUAUACUGGCGUCGCUGUUGACCCCCCUUCUAGUCACCAACCUACCGCCCUCUUCUUCCGCACACGGCAUUGACGGACGCCUGCACGCCUUGGAAGACCUCCUCCAGCUGGCGUACAAACACCUCGACGACGAGAGUCCCGAGACGGCCACGCACUGGGCCGAAACUCUUGCCCGGGGUGUGGCAACGGCAAUUCAGUUUCAUCAAGCGGAAAAAGACACUGGUGACGGUCCCAAAGGAGGUGUCGACCAAGGCGCGAUACCGCGUUUUGGAUCGCGCAAAGUCCUGGGUAUUGCGCACUCGUGUACGUCGCUCAAGAACGCCGUACGUUACUGGAUCGCGCAAUUUGUCAAAGUGGGCGGAGAAUUGGUGGCGCCCCGUUUGGGAGGAUCCUACGCGACCGGAGGACGAGCGGUGCGGAUUGGUAUCAGUAUGGUACUCACCAAAAUACUGCGACUCCAAGUCGUCCUCGGAGCCGUGGGGGAAGAUCGGAGUGCGUCUCUGAAAGAGAUCCUGGAUCUAAUAUUGAAUGGACUCGGUCCGGACCUGGAGAAACAACUCCGACCACCCGAUACGCCGGCUUCGGGACCAGCGAAUCCCUUGUUCGGGGCCACCCGGACCUGGUCCAAGAACGAUGCCGGCCUAGCCCGGUUGGCCCUCAGCCGCGUCUUGCGCGAAGGUCUCUCCGAAGUCACGCCCGAACCUACGCAAAUCAACUUUUUGCACGAAUUGAUUCUGUGUCUACCGGGUAAGGGAGACGCCGAAUCCAACGAGGCGCCCGCCGUCCAAUGGAAUGCGAAUCAAUUGCAGAUCGUGCUAGUUGAGAUUUCGCAUUUGCUGGCGGCCUUGGGCGAAGCGGCCGCUUCUAGAAUAGACGACGCCGUGAUAAGGCUGGAAAUAUGCCUGGAACACAUGGAUCAAGGGGUGCGGCACGAAGCAGCGAUUGCCUGUGCCUCGUUAACGGCCAGCUUUCCAACGGAAGGUCGCAAGCUGGUACGGUCCUCGAUCGAUGAGAUGCAACUCCAUCACGCGCAAUUGGUCACGUUGGCUUCGAGCUCGUCGGAUGCGAAGGAAGAACCGGAUGCCGGGAUACGGAUGUUUCGACGUCCCAAGGAGAAGGAGCAUGACCCAUCCGCUCGUCAUCAAUGUGCGAUUCACGGCAGGGCCUUGAUGAUUUCCAUCCUUGUGCGAGAUCUUACUAGUCUUCCAGGCGGGUUGCCGACGGAAUUAUUAAGCGCCGCACUGUCCGUGGCGGAAAUAAUGCUUUCGUGUCAAUUCCAUAAACCGAUCAUCCAGGCCAAUGCCAUGUCGGCUUGCAACUGCGUCAAGGCAGGCUUUGCUAUUAUCUCGGGCGUGCUGGCGAACGGUCCGAAAGCUGCGGCACCGAGUGUAUCGCUAAUCUUCAAUUCCUGGCAAAAAGCAAUAAGCAGUAUCACAGGCGGCGGCAAGAUUCUCAGUCCGAGACACGAGCUGCUUUGCGUGGAUGCAAUGCUCUCGUCGGUGGUUGUCUUUCUCAAGUAUUGCUCCGAGCUUUUACUUUCAGUACCAGAGGCUUUGACCCAGGUGACGGUCCUUUUGGAAAACGUCCUGCCGAUGCUUUUGCCGGACGGAACGUUUGGAAGUCUUCCGUUUUCGGCACCGGUUAUGGCUCGACUAGAAAGUUCCAGGUCCUCCCUCCUUGAGGCGUUUGCGUGGUUGCCAUCCGGUUCCUUCCCGAUGGUUGCCGAUACAGUCUUUUCAUUUGCCGCCGAACACAUUCGAGCAGCCGUGGAGGGGGAGGUAUCCUGCUCGAUUUUACAUGCGUUGGUGAGCCGGGAGGACUCUAUUCUGGACGCCAAGACCAUGAGUCGAGCGAGGCGAGACGGGCAAAUUGGGGGAGCGCGUGAUCUGGAAGAAACAAUCCUUUUGCUUACAGGCGAGAUCGCACACCCCGGGGAAAGAGAGGCCGUUCUGCAUUUAUCCAUGUACAAUCGAUCGGAGCCAGACCCCAGCGUCUUUCGGGGUAGCCGCAUUCUGGGAAUUUGCGCAAAAGAUGCUAGUGGGGAGAAACCUCCGACGCCUCUACACGGGGUUGGAACGUGGAGAAAACCGAUCGAUCCGUCUUGCUCUUCCAAGGUCCGUCUUGUCGAUGCCGCUAUACAGGCAUUUUCCGCAACCUUUGGAUUGAAGAGUGGUUCUGAACAACAGGGCGCAAUGGACAUGUUGGAAUCUCUGGUACCGCCAUUACUUGCUCAGCUGGCUCGCGCAAUUGGUGUGAACUCUGCCUUGGUCGAUCAGAGCCCGAGGUCCAAGGCCAAGGAGGAUUCUUCCGCCGUUGCCAACAUUACUGCCGUUCUUCUGUCGUGUCUAAAAGCACUACCACUCCACGAGACUAGCCACAACGUUCCCCUUGGCCUGGGACCGCCGUGGAUGAACAAAGCCAAAGAUCUUCUUCUCACUGUAUUACCUUCCCCUUCCAGCACUGUUCGUCGUGCCGCAGCGGAAGGUCUCGCUCUACUCGCAACUUUGGGUGUUUCGGAAGACGCACACUUUCUGCAAAGUAAGGUCCUUCAUUCUCUGGAUGAAGUGAUGCAAGGUAACAAACCAGAUGGAAAACCCCGAGCGAUUGCAUUGGAACCAGUCUCAGCAGCGCGUGCGGGAUCUCUACUUACCUUGGCUUGCAUUCAGCGAACUGCGUUCAACGUUGCAAAGAAACAAAUUGCAAGAGCACGAUCUCGCGUGAAUAAUUCGAAGGACGUAGAAUCAAGACGGGCUAGUGAGCUGCCACUUCUACAAAUGAUGACUCGGAUCCUCCCCUCUAUCGCAUGCUCGGGAUUUCGCGAUUUUUUUGUCGUGAGAACGUACGCCCUGCACUCUUUUUCUGUUCUCUUGAUAUAUUCUGAGCGUCUCGAGAAGACAACUGAUCUGGACAAAGGGGAUAAACAGCUCUUGCGAAAGGCGGUGGAACUCGUCGAAGAUAAUUUUGCUGCGUCCAUGACCAUUUCUUCCACAGAGAUGGACCGCGGCCAGGAAGCGGAAAAGAUGACCUCGGAAGUCGCAUUUUUAUCCGUACUAUUGCGAUUAAUGUCGUUUCUGGUUCAGACAGUCUACCAUCUUCAAGAUGAAGACCCCGGCAUUGGCGAGCGCUUCAUACUGAUUGCAAGGCUUACUCUUGAGCUUUAUGGAUCGCAUCCUGUUGUCUUUACUGAAGCGAUGGCAUUCUUUGAAGUCACGGCUGGCCAUCGCCAACUUAUUCCCUUACCAUGGGAUAAAAUCGACUACAGCGAGAGUCCCUUGUUCGCAAGUAUUUCGAGUAUUCAAUCCUCCUUGGCACCAAUUCGUCCAGCUCUUUUUGCAUUUGCACCUUGGGAGCAGCCUCGCAAUUUGUCGGCCAUUAAUAUACGUGCCUCGGGGAUAGCUCUUCAGUCGCUGACCCAAUCAAAUGUCUCUGUCGUAGAUUGGUGCAGCUUUUCGAUCGUAUCCGCGUUGUUUGCUUCGCUGGAAUCAACAUCUGGGAAAGGGUUCUUUGGCAGAACUACCUUUCUCCGAUCGCUGGCUGUGCCAAGACAUACGGAAGUUUCGUUUCAUGAAUGGAAAAAUGUAGAGCUCGAUCUCACCGAUACCAUUCGAACCAUCUUCUAUCUAAAUAGUGCUAAAACGGCUGUCUCGUCUUCAAAUGUUCUGCGGUGGAUCCUUUUCGCACGAGCUCUGUUGGUCAAAUCGUGUCCUUUAGACUACACCGACAAGGAAGAGGAAGUUUCAAUCGAUUCUGUUGUCCAGGCUGCAAGCCGCAGAUCGCAUCAGGACGUCUCGCUGGUCUAUACUGCAUCCAGCGCUGUCCGAUGGCAAGUCAAAUGCAUUGCGGCACAAAUUGUGGAAUUUGCCUUGGAUGCUCUUUUACAAAACACGCCGGAAAAUGCUGAAGUCGUAUAUGGCGACGCGAAGGACCAAUGCGCGAAGGAACUCGAAAAAGCUAAAAAAAACGACAGCGGGCUUCCAGAUUCAAGACUUGUGUUCCAUCUCCAAGAAAUCUUAUCUGCGGUGUGCAUGAGCACGGUAGCCGUGGUCGACCAGGCGGAGGUGCAUUCGUUGCAAGUCUCGGCAAUGUACGCUUUGACGAUGCUAAUUUUAGCAUUUGCAGAGUCGCCCGACCCGGAGCUUCCACAGUCUCGCAUCUUGGAUCAAUAUGCCCAGCAGAUUUUUUCUGCUGUCAAGCAUGGUUUAGAAUUGUCCACUUCGAGCCCCUCUACCGCUUGUUUUCAGUUGUAUGUAGCCUCCUGUUACAGUAUGAGUGCACUGGUAGAGAGCGGAGUCACAAAAGAUCCAAUGGUGCUAAAGCGCUUGCUUCGUCCUAUAGUUCCGAGGUCAGACGAAACUCCUUUGUUUAUGCAUUCGGAACCAUAUCCAGCUGAGCUCACGAAAAUUUCGGAAGAAGGAGUUCACGAAAAUCGGCGUGUUCGACACUUGAAGAAGAUCGCCCAAGUUUGGUGCACGAGCAAGCUUUUGAUCGGAAAUGAACCCUUGUCAGAAUAUAUUUUAUUGGUUUCCAAGGAUUUGAUCAAAGACCCGCUCCAUAUUGCUGUGCACAGUGCGGCAUUUGCUUUCGAUGGAGCCCGGUUGCUAAUUUCGAGCCAUUUUUCUUUGACCGGGGCUUGCCCUUGUUAUAGAACAUCCGAAGCGGAUGAGAAAAUGGCAUGUGAACGAGGGUUUUUGUUCGAAUGCGCGGACGACAUCGAUGAUUCAACCAAGACCCUACUCAUGUCUCAGUGGUCGUAUUGCGCUAGUACUGCAAUCAAGCCUUUGGUCAGUUCGAUGGACUCAGAGAAUGGAAAGUUCAAGGUUCUAUGCGAUGGGUGGAUAACGGUCUUGACUCCGCUUUUACUCGAAGGCGUACAUCACGGCUUGUUGGCUUGCACUAGUGGGAUUAAUCUCCCUUGUAUGGAUGCAACAAACGUGACUGUUGAUUGCUUACGGGGUUUAAGCUGUUUGACUGAAGCUGGACCGGAAGUUUUGUGCAAGACACAGCACUUUAGCGACGUUGAGAGGCUGCUAAGAACGAUGCUGCAGAAGGUGUGGCUUCCUACUUUACGCAAUGAGAAAUUGACGGUCGACUCGAAAAUUGCGAAGGAAAUGUGCCGUUUGGUCAGAAGUUUAGCAGAUUUGAUGCCAUUCAUUGCCAGUGAUGAAAGUACUUUACUCGUCACUGUUCUGACUCCGCUGGAGCUUCUCGAACGUGCCAUGUUUGACUGCGAAAUUUCUGCGGUCGCCGACGAGAUUGUUUCGACUUGCCUCGAUGGUAUGACCAAAUUCAUUGCGCACGGAAAAGUAAGCGAAUCAUUGCUGGAAGCGAUGUUGCAUUUGUUGCUCCAAAGGAUUCUAGUGUCAGAGAGGUCGCUUUCUGAACAGACCACUGAGUCCUCCAAAGUUCUACUGAAGCAAUGUUUCAGCAGCGGUAUGGUGAAUGCACGCCGCCGGAACACCAUCGCGGCUGAUUUGGCGCACGUCGGUAACUGGGAUACGUGGCUGGUCGUGUUUGCUUCGGACGACGGGUCGUCCUCGUGGAAGAGUCUAGACGCUGUUUCCGAAUGCCUGCAAACCCCGGGUGGACCUCAAAUGGCAUUGCUGGCCAAACUUUGUGCCUUUGCCCAAGGCUGCCCGAUUUCGAGUCCUUUGUUACAACUAUUGUUGCAUCGGGUUGGCGCCGACGUCGUCGGCACGUUGUAUCUGUACGGAACGCUGCAAAUACCCGGCUCGGCGCGUCUCCACCGACAAAAAGCGUGCGCCGACGCCUUGAAGCUGUCUCUAAUUGGUUACCAGCAAGUGGUCGCCACGAAGUCGGACGACCGCAUCGCGCAGUAUCUCUCGUUGCUGUUCGAGACUAUCGUGGCCGUGUUGCGGUACAACGGUGUCCCGAAUCAUCCGUCGCCGCAACACGAGAGCGACCCAGCGUUGGGUCGCAUGUCGGCCCAGGCCAUCUUAAUGACGGCAAGGACGACGCCGGUUGCCUUUAAAACGACAACCGCCCUUUGCUUGAGUUUGCCGUCCGUGCCGAAAUGAACGGUUAUGUAAAUCCCAACCAAGCACCGGUCAAGAAGAAGAUUAGUUUACAAGGAUUUAAAAAGUAAUUCCAAAGUUUAACGAGGGCU